AUGGUUAUUCCUUUUUCCCAAGAAGAAGAUUGUGAUAUUUAUAGAGCAUGGGAUGUGGUAACAACUCAUGAUCGUAAUCACUCGCUUCACAAAUCUGAAUCUGAAGAACCGUUAUGGAACCGUAUUUUAAUGAGAAACCUUGCUGAUCAGCGGUAUGUGUCCCUCUACGAGAAACGAUUUGAAUAUGAAGGAUGUUACAAAAUCCAAAUAGAAAAUUUCUAUGGUCACGGGAAGUUAGGAUCUGUUUUAAUACUUUUAAGUGAUUGUGAUAGUAUGGAUUCAGGUGCUUUUAAGCGUAUUCGUAAUGUUAAGAUAAAAACUGCACAAGCUCAAGAACAUACUCCAAACCUUUUAACUCGGAAAUUCUGUCUUGGUACGAAUUACACAGCCAACAAUACAUAUCGAGCCGAUCUCAAUAUCUUACUCUCUUCUCUCUCGACUACAUUCACAAACAACAGCACGAUCCCUCGAUACGGUUACCAUAACAUUACAAUCGGAGCAAGCCCGGAUAUUGUUUAUGGAUCGUUACACUUUCGAGAGGAUAUGGCACCGUCUAUAUGUUCAAAAUGUAUUCAGAUUGCAACUGACGAAGUUAUGCAAGAUUCCGGAUGCCCAAAUAAAAAAGCAGCUAUUAUGUUCUUUAAUGGAUGUGUUUUAAGGUACUCAAAUGAGAAUUACUUCUCAAUCUUGAGUGAAGAACCAUCCGAAGUUAUAACGUAUUUCGAUAAGGACAUAAUCGGAGACCAAGUUGAAUAUAUAGAAAUGGUAACUAGGUUGCUAAAUGACUUAGUGACAGAAGAUGUUACUAAUACUUCUAUUAGUCCUUCUUUAUAUGCUACUCGUUCAGUAAAUUACACAAGAUUUAUAAAAGUUUAUGCGAUGGUUCAGUGUACACCAGAUUUGACACCGAGUCUCUGUAAUAGAUGUCUUAGAUUAACUAUUAAGAGAUUGCCUUCUGAUGCACAAGCGGCAAGAGUUCUUUUUCCAAGCUGUACUUUCAGAUUUGAGUAUGAUCCUUUUUACAGAAAUUAUAUGUAUACAAAUCAAGCAUCACCUCCACCUCCAACUCUUAAUCAGUCGCCGUGGAAUACAUCUAAUAGGAAUGGGAAGGCAUCAUCAUCAAAGCUUGUUAUUACCAUUGCCAUUCCGUUGGCAAUUGCAAUACUACUAUCCUCCAUUGCAGUUUGGGGGUUCAGAUCUCAUCACAGAAAGAAAAUAAAUAACAACUAUUUUGGGUCAGAUAUGGACCAACAAGAUAUUCAAUGUGCAGAAUUCGACUUUAAUAUUAUUAGUGCUGCAACAAACAACUUUUCCGAGGAUAAUAAGUUGGGACAAGGUGGAUUUGGCCCUGUUUAUAAGGGUACACUAUCCACUGGACGAGAAAUAACUGUGAAAAGACUUUCUACAAACUCAAGUCAAGAUGAUCAGGAGUUUAGGAAUGAAGUCUUGUUGCUGGCUAAACUUCAACAUAGGAAUCUUGUAAGGAUAGUUCAUCGAGAUAUUAAAGCUAGCAAUAUAUUAUUAGCCGAAGAUAUGAUUCCAAAAUUUUCAGAUUUUGGAAUGGCGAAGAUUUUUGAGGUAGAUCGAAGUCAAGCUGAUACAAGUAGAGUUGAACGAACACGUGGAUAUAUGGCUCCUGAGUACCUACAUCAUGGACGUUUCUCUGUAAAAGCAGACGUUUUUAGUUUCGGUUUCCUGGUUCCGGAGAUUCUUAGUGGAAAAAAGAUCAAAAGUCGUUAUGUACCGCCCACGGGAGAUGCCCAAGAUCUUCUAAUUUAUGAAGGAUCAGCUUUAGAAGUAUUAGAUUCAAGUUUCAAAGAGAAUUAUUCGAGAAACGAAGUAAUGAGAUGUAUCCACGUUGCCCUUUUAUGUGUUCAAGAUAGUAUCGUUGAUAGACCUACCAUGGCCUCGGUCAUCUUAAUGCUUAACAGAAGCUCCAUGAUUUUUCCACCACCUACACAAACUGCUUAUUUUAUGUCCGAUCAGGCUGUAGAAGAGGCACAAAGUGUAAAUGAGCGAGGUGUGGAGUGCAAAUGA